CAUCGCGCAAGAAGAAGAUUAUUAUUAUUUUUUGUCUUGGACGCGGUUUUCGGACACGGCGGACACGCUGGACGCGGAGCAGGAUCCACGCAGGGGGCACAAUCCGGACGCCGUGUUCUUCGUUUGCGGCUUUAACGCGAUGGAGCCAGCCUUCGGUGAGGUGAACCAACUGGGCGGUGUGUUCGUGAACGGCAGGCCGCUCCCCAACGCGAUCCGGCUCCGGAUAGUGGAGCUGGCCCAGCUCGGGAUUCGACCCUGCGACAUCAGCCGGCAGCUGCGCGUCUCCCACGGCUGCGUCAGCAAGAUCCUGGCGCGCUACAACGAGACGGGCUCCAUCCUCCCGGGGGCCAUCGGGGGCAGCAAGCCGCGGGUCACCACGCCCACCGUGGUCAAGCACAUACGGACAUACAAGCAGAGGGACCCGGGGAUUUUUGCCUGGGAGAUCCGGGACCGGCUACUCGCCGACGGCGUGUGCGACAAGUUCAACCUGCCGUCCGUGAGCUCCAUCAGCCGGAUCCUGCGCAACAAGAUCGGGAAUCUCUCCCAGCAGAGCCAAUACGAGUCGGGCAAGCAGGCGUCUCACCCGCAACCCACGAUACCCUACAACCACUUGUACUCAUACCCGACGUCCAAAGUGCCCACCCCCCCCGGCAUGCCCACCCUCCCCGGACACAUGGCCAUGCACAGGAUAUGGCCCUCCUCGCACUCCGUGACAGAUAUUCUGGGGAUACGGUCGAUUACAGAGCAACAAAACGCCGAGUGGCUCGCCCACAGCGAGCAGCUCUGCCACAGCGCCCAGCACCCCUCCCUGGCGCCCUCCCACCACCCGAGCGUCACCCUGCACGGCGUGCAGCGCCACCACGUGGGCCUGUGCGACCGCUCCCACAUGGCGGCGGCCGGCCAGUGGCAGUGCGCCAUCUCCCCGCAGCUGUGACCUCCUCGACCCGGAGAGAGAGAGAGAGAGCAUCGAUGACUGAUGGGGGGGAGGGAGAGAGAGGGGGAGGAGGGUUGUGAGAGACAGAGAGGACAGGAGACAACAAGUCUGUCCGUCCCCCCGUGGCUUCAUUUCAUUCCCCGCUGCCUUCUUUUCCAACAAGGCCUCGGCCCCCAGGACCCAUAUUUGUGCCUCCUUCCUCCUCCUCCUCUUCCUCUUCCUCCUACACAGUCAGACCAAAAGACACACAAGGAAUACAUUUUUUUUAACCAACAGCCGUGCAGGACAGACAGGUGUACUGAAGGACUGAUGUAUGGCCGCUCCUCCAUCCAUCAACACGAUUCCUCUCGAGAUUCUUUCUUGCAAAACUUCUGCAAAAAUGUCUGUGGGCAAUCGGGGGUAACGUAUCACAACUUCACGAGUACGCAAUCAAAGAGGGGAAAAGAAACCUUUCAGGGUGCUUAAAUAAUUGCAAAUGUUUGUUUUUUGUCUUUUUUAAAAUAUAUAUUUUUGUUUGUUUGUAUGCUUUCCCCCCCUCUUUUCUUUCUUAAAAGCAACUCGGCUCAUGGAGAGUUGGUCCCCCCCCCCCCCCCCUCACACACACACACUUCUCCGGAAAAAGAAAAGGAAAAAAAAGUAGCUGUAAAGCAGGAGAGCUCCGUGAGAGAGAAGUUUAUUUAUUAGAUCACGGUUCACGCUGAAUGAUGACAGCUCACCUCCACCUGUACGUCCACACACCGUCGGCCUCGGUCUCAUGUUGGGAGUCGAGAGCGUUAACUAAUUGGCAAAUGUUGCACAAUGAAUUGAAUGUAUCUUAUUAAAUUGUUUGGCUGUUAUUGGU